ACGAACAAAGUUUUGAAAUCUCAUAAACACAACAUCUCCGAUAUAAAUGAACUUCAAACUUCUUUAGACAGUAAAGCUGACAAGAACCAUACACAUAAAUCCUUCACUACUGUUAGAGCAGACGACAUAAUAUUGAACUUUGACCUUGGUUCAAGUGCACCUUUAGAGAAUCCAAGUACAAGCGUAAAAGAUACACUAAACUCCUUAAAUAACAAAUGUAUGAACAUUGAAGGUCAUGUCAGAAACUUUGAAACACAUGAACUACCAGCAAUGUUAGAUAAGAAAGCAGAUAAGAACCAUACACAUGAUUUCUUCACAACUGUUGCUAUAGAAAGUAUUGAAGGAACGGUUGAAGAAACUGGUGGGGAUGCAUUAUAUUGUAAACCUCCUAACUUUCCACAAGGUUUAACAUCGGAUGACGACAUAACGACGAUGAGAAACAUUAGAUGUAAAGAUGUUUAUGUCAUGAAGGAUGAACAUAAUAUUAAAUUCACUGCUCAAGAUUUAUAUGACAAGAAAGCAGACAAGAACCAUACACAUAAAUCCUUCACUACUGUUAGAGCAGACGACAUAAUAUUGAACUUUGACCUUGGUUCAAGUGCACCAUUAGAAAAUCCAAGUACAAGCGUAAAAGAUACUCUUAACAAUUUAGAUAAGAGUUGCAGGAAUACCGAAGAUCAUGCCAGAAACUUUGAAGCAUAUGAACUACCAGCAAUGUUAGAUAAGAAAGCAGAUAAAACUUAUGUGGAUGCAGAACUAACAAAGAAAUUUUCGAAACCAGAUACAAUGACAUUUACAACAGAAAUUAUAAAUGGUGAACCAGCAACUCCAUUUGAAUUUGUUAGAGGUCUUCAACCAGAUACUUUUGAAUUUUUCUUGGAUAAUUCUAUUGAACUAACAUUACAUUAUAAAAGUGGAACAAAUGCAACAUUUCAUCCGGGAGAUACAUUCCAAAUGGUAUUUAAUGACAUAA